CGCCGGCGUGGCGGGAGCAGUGGCGGCGGCGGCAGUGGCAGCGGCAUGGAGCCGGGGCUGCGCGUCUUCGGGGAGCCCAAGGUAGAACUUCAUGUCCACUUGGAUGGAGCCAUUAGACCAGAAACAAUCUUACACUUUGGCAAGAAAAGAGGUGUUCCUCUGCCCGGCAGCACCGUCGACGACCUCCUGGAGCACAUCAGCUACGAAACCCCCCUGACGCUUACCCAGUUUCUGCAGAAGUUCAAUCACUACAUGCCUGCGAUCGCGGGGGACCGCGAGGCGGUGAGGAGGAUCGCCUACGAGCUGGUGGAAACCAAGGCCAAGGAAGGCGUCAUCUACGUGGAGGUGAGGUACAGCCCGCACCUCCUGGCCAACUGCAAGGUGGAGCCGAUCCCCUGGGGCCAGCAGGAGGGAGACCUCACUCCAGAUGAAGUUGUUAGCCUCGUUAAUCAGGGACUACAGGAUGGAGAAAGGGAUUUCUGCAUCAAAGUCAGGUCUAUUCUAUGCUGCAUGCGCCAUAUGCCAAGUUGGUCUCCGGAGGUGGUGGAGCUCUGUAAGAAGUAUCAAAACAACUCUGUAGUAGCCAUAGACUUGGCUGGGGAUGAGACACUGAAGGUGGACGCUUCUUCUGAGCAUAGGAAAGCUUAUGAGGAAGCUGAAAGAUGUGGUAUUCAUCGAACUGUCCAUGCUGGGGAGGCUGGACCGGCUGCUAGGAUCAAGGAGGCAGUUUACCUCCUGAAGACUGAGCGCAUUGGCCAUGGCUACCAUGUCCUGGAAGACCCCGAGCUUUAUAAGGAGCUAUUGAGAACAAAGAUGCAUUUUGAGGUUUGCCCUUGGUCCAGUUAUCUUACUGGAGCGUGUCUUCCAGACUUUAGGAAACACCCAGCAGCACAAUUUAGGAAGGAUCAAGCUAACUAUUCCAUAAACACUGAUGACCCCCUCAUCUUUAACUCCAAUAUUGACAAAGAUUACAGCAUAGCAAAGGAGUACAUGGGCUUUACUGAAGAGGAGUUCAGGAGAGUGAACAUCAAUGCAGCUCAGUCCAGCUUCUUACCUGAGAAGGAAAAGCAGGAACUUCUCAAUACACUCUAUGAAGCCUACGGCAUGGUCCCCAGCACAUCUUGAUGCAGCUCUACCAGCCAGCACGGAGCAGUGGCCCUUCUGGGUUGAUUCUGUGCUGGUGGGAGCACCAGGAGAAGGUGCCCAGAGUCAGCCUCUAUUACUGGUACCCCUGUAUUAACCUUUAUGGCCCUAAGUAGAAUUGGGCUUCUAUCGUCUAUCCCACCUAUCACCUUCUACAUACCAUAUCUCUCCCAAAUAGAUAUCCAGUUUCCUAUAUUGUUGUUGUGCAAACAAACAAAAACUGCAUCCUGGCCUGACUUCCCUUCAUCUGCCAGUUUAUCUGAGUAAAUGAGAACAGAAGAAUCUUCUCUGCUGCUUCUUUUUUUUUUCUUGCUCUGUUUUAACUUUAGUGAUCCCUUGACCUGCCUUAGCCCUUGUCUGAAGUACAGAAAUAACUGACUUGUGACUGUGGCCAGGGUUAACUUUUACCUUUCUAGGGGAAAAAGUGAGUUAACCCUGAAAGGGAGUAAGUAGGCAAUUCAAAAACAGAGGUUUAUUCCCAGCAAUGCAGACAGGAAAGUUUGUCUACAGCACUAUUUACCUUGUACUAACAAGACUGGAUCAUGAACAGGCCGGAAGUUGGCACACUUACUGGUACACAGGUCUGAAGGGCAUUUAAAAAAAUAUGUUUUUUCCUUGUUUGUUUCAUCCUUUCUUGGAUAAGGAGCUCUGUGUAUCAGGCCUUACAAUGCCACUGCCACAGAAGAACAAACCUUGAGCUCAGGGCUCCAGCUGUGCUUAGCAGCCCAUGAACAUGCUCGUGCAUGCAUAGGACACUGAAGCAUACGUUUACCAUUUUGGGCCAAAACCUGUGUUCUGGGACUUCCCCCAGUUCUAUACUCAGCCUGGAGAAUUCCUGUGAGCUGCAUUCUGCUCUUCCUGUAUCUUUGCUUAGGACUUACAAACAUGUGAUUGAUGCCAGUUUAACCAUGCUGCCCUCUUCCUGACUUGAGAUAAUCCUUAGGCACCGUUAAAACUAAAUGAGUGAAUUAAUGAGCUAGGGCCCAAUAUCAAAUACUGACUCAGUAUUCAUCUGAAUUGCUUCUCUCAUGUAACCACAGCACUGGCUAGAAGUCAGAUCUUCAGUUUAGUGAAGAAUUUAUCAGGAAAUAUUCACCAAAAUUCCUAAACAUAUUUGGUGCAUUACAGUGUUUUAAUUUAAUAUGUAAUAGAGCUAUGUCUCCAGAGAAAAGCCUGUAAUUUUUCUACUGUCAAAGACCCCCUCAACAUGUUUGAGGAGGGAAUGUAGGUGUGUGGUGUGCUUUAAUAUCUCAGGUGUCUGCAAAGAUGCAUACUCCAAAGAUACUGUACCAAAAGUUGCCUUUGACAAAGAGCUGUGGUCACCGUUACCACAGAUAGUGUCCCAGACUGACUGCUGCAGUCUUGACCAGCAGUGAUCUAGUGCUGGGAAUACUUCCAUUGUUUUGGGGCUUCCAUAUUUGUCCUCUAAAAUGAGUGAAAUACUCAUCUCUGAAAUACAUGGUGCAUAUAUACACCUAUAUGUAUAUAUAGAUAUGAGAGAGUGAAUGAAUUUGUUACUUUUAUAAAGCAAAUGAUAAGUCAUCACUUUUAAGAAUGUGGUUGCUAUUAGGCCCAGGUGUUUUGGAUAAUUUUUCUCCAAAAGUUGUUUUUGAAGAACAGUUGUGUGUUUGGAUUCUGGAUAGUUGAUUGUUAAUCCUGUUUAAUAAAAUAACAAAUUGAUAUUAAAA